GGGUUACGGCAAGUUAAAAAAGCGCUGAGGCUCUUCCAUUAGUUAGCGGUGUGCUAGCGAUAAGCUAAGCUAGUUAGCUAGAUAAAUGACAGGCGUUUCUUUUGUAGAAUUAUGUAUAACUUUGAAAAACGGUAAUUGAAGCAGGAGAGUUAUAACUUUUUCCCUGAGUAGCAAUGUUAUAUUUUAUAGUCAACUUUUUAAACGCAGUGUUGCAAGCUAAAGCAGCUAGCUUGUUAGCCAAACAGUGGAUUAAAUAGACUUCAGCAGGCAUUGGGUUUAUUCAGUUAGCUUGUUAGCUACCGGCUGAAUGUUUGUUGCGGAAGGGGAGAAAACAAACAAACAGUGGAUAUCAUGAUUUAUUGAGAGGUUUUCAGUGAAAAUGCUGCUUCUUUGGCUGCAUAUGGAGAUAAUGAGCGGAGGAGAGGAUAAAGCGGAGAGGCUCCCUGGCCGGAGAGAGAAGCCCUGAAGCCCGUUUCAGAGGAAGAGUUAUGGCUUCGUUUGCUGCCAGAUGCUGUCUUGAAUCCACUCUGAUGGUCUGGAUCUUCAUCAUCCUCAGAGUCUGAACAGAAGAUGAAGGUGCACAUUGACGUGGGUGAUGAUAAUGAGACCGCUCGCCCAUCGCACACACCGAAUUAUACCAUCCAGGGACAAAAAGACAUAGCUGGGCUUGGGGACAGAAAGAAACACCUGGUUUUUGAGGACCAUCUUUGUAGGAGCACGCUAUUCGACCAGUCUGGGUCAAAGUAUCUUGGAAAUGAGUAUUUACAGAUUUCAGGAAAACUGUGCAACGGUCCAAUGGCGGAAUCACAGAGUGUAAUUUCACACUGUGAUUUGGACAUGCUGGAAGUCUCCGAGGACAGCUGUUCUAUGCCCGAAAAUGGCGAUAACGAGUAUAAUGACAGUUUCACACCAGAAAUACAGCAGGCCUUUAGAAUAUUCCAGAGUUUUCUUCUGGAGAAACACAAAGCUGUGACUGCCCCGUUUUGGUUCCCUGUUGGAGAUCAAGCCAGAAAUGAUAUGUGUUUGAAAAAGAUAGACAACAAGUUUGUCAAGCGGGAAUAUGAAAGCAUCACGGAAUUUGUGGCUGAUUUCCGCCAGAUGUUGGAAAACUGCUAUAGAUUUCACGGCGUCGAUCAUUGGAUCUCCAAACAGGCACAAAAGCUGGAGAUCAUCCUGGAGCAAAAGUUAACUCUGCUCUCAAGGACACUGAGAGAAAAAACGGCCUUGGCCGUGACGUCUAGGGGUCGUUUUGGCACUGAAGAUGAAAAGGCACCAGUUGGCACUUCAACUAGGCGCCGAUCUGUGCCACGAAACUUGGCAGCCAUUUCUGCGUGCGGCUCAGAGUCCAUCAUGGUGCAAGCACUUCGGUUGGAGGAACAGCAGAGGGCCAAGGAGGAAAAAAGGCAGCGAGACCUCGAGAAGAAGGAGGCUGGGGAGGCUUCGGCCAAAGAAGUGGAGGAAUGGGAGCGCUCGUUGCUCUCACUUGCAGAACCAUGGCCCAUCAGCACCAUGUGGGAACUUCCUGCUAUCGGUCAUUUCCUGUGCCUGGCUCAAACAUCCCUCAAUCUUCCAGAGAUCGUAUUCUUUGAAUUGGAACGCUGCCUGCUAAUGCCUCGCUGUAGCUCUUUCUUGGCAAAGAUCAUGACCUCCCUGCUUAGCCCUCCUCAUCGAAGAUCGACACUCCACAGGCACCCGGCUCUGCCUUAUCGUCGCUGGGAGGCAGAGUUGAGGCAGAAAGUCUUGGGAUGGUAUCAGACAGUAGGCCGAGCCAAGGACCAAGAGGCUUGUGCUGAACAUCUCGGACUUUGCCACCGUUUUUUCUGGACCCUGGGUGACACAAGUCCCUUAGAAGAAAAGCCAUUCCAUUUGCUGCCAUUCAACCAACGUGUUUGGUUGCUUAAGGGCCUUUGUGACAAUGUCUAUGAGACUCAGAAGGACGUCCAGGAUGCCGUGCUUGGACAGCCCAUUCACGAGUGCCGAGAGUCCAUCUUGGGCUAUGACAGUCAAGAAAACACAUACAUACACUUCCCACAUUUCUGCGGUGCAGAUCUGCGUAUAUAUCGCCAGACUCCAUGUCUACCACUGGAAUUCCCCUUGCCGUCUUUCUCUGUGAAGAAACUAGAGCCUGCAAUGGUAGACAGGACAGAGGAGAACUUGAGCGCUUGUCCUGAGGUCGAAGCAAGGAACUGGGAAUUCUGUCUGAGAGGCCACGAUGAUGACUCGGAAGAAAGUGAGGUAGAUUUGAAAGGACCUGACAAAUUUCAGUUCCUUUUUAAGGAGGAGUUGCCAAGUCCUGGAAUCAUCAAGGACAAACCCACAGAGGUAAAGCAAAGCAUUGAAUUAAAAGAAGACAAGAAAGAUACAGACUAUGAACCUUGUCUUAGGGUUGGCAUGAAUUGCUACACGGGCAAAUUUCCUGCCAAUUCUCUGAAUGUGAAUGCUUUAGAAGCUUCCCUGCCAUCAGAAAUGGGUGCUACUGUAAAGAACGGAUCAUCCUGCCAAAAUAGACAUCCUUGCUCCAAAUGUUCCAUGGAUUCCCUUACAAAUGCGCAGCCUCACUCAUGCGUUUGUUUCACAGCCGAAUCGGAAUCAGACAGGACUGCUUCUGUGAUUUUUCGACAGAUCGGCCACUCGAGAGCCGAACCGGGGAAAAUACAGUCGAGAAAAAAGAGAAGAAAGAAAAAGAAGGAAAAUUUACUUGGAGUCAAGGGUGGGACAGGCAAGCUUGGUCUGAAAAAGCUCAGACAGGCCAGAGUGUGCAAAGCUGCUGCUGACUUGAAGAGAAAGGAUAAAAGAAAGAAACAGAAGUUAGGAAGAAAUAUUGUUCCAAAGAAAACGCCAGAAAAAAAUCGGGUUCAGCCUCUGCAGCUCCCAGUGGAGCCAACGUUUAAGUUGGUCUGUACGAGUUUGGAUGAACUGAGGAUUCUCAUCAGCAAGACUGAGGAUGAGCUCGACGAGUUGGAGAGCACCAAAAAGAGAUGUGAAAGGUGGUACUUUAAGAGAGAAGCCGUGAAGGAGCUUCACAUUACCCUCAUAAGACUACUGAACGAGCUGUUGCCAUGGGAACCGAAAUUACUCAAGGCCUUUCACAGGAACAGGGCUCGACUGAAAAAGGAAAGCGACGACUUUAAAAAGCAUCCCGGGUUUGAAAACUUUGUCCGAGAGGAGUGGGGGUCAUUCGAAGUCGAUGGAGAGGCAUACAAAGAAGGCUGUUCAUCUGCAGAGAUUAGCAGAGAAUUGAAGGAUGAGGAUAAAACCGAGAGACUUUUGAAGGGCGACUCUGGAAUAACAGACUGUGAAAGUCACAUUGGAAAUCCAUCAUUAGCACACUUUGUCAGCAGAUCAGAAGUUAACACAGCUUUGAGUGAAUCUGGACCUUUGACUCGAAGCUCAAAGCGCCGUCAGAGUGGCAGCCUAGAUGAGGACUUCAGCCUCAGCAAAAAAGGAAGGAUGUUCGCUAAUGAUUCCGUGACCCCUGAACCACAAACAAAGGAUGCAUCUGGGGAACAAAGUGCAGCAGGAGCAAACGCUUCAACCACUGAAACAACGUCAGUGGUAACUGCACCCUGGGGUGGUUAUCAGAGGCGCUGUAAUCCAAUUCAGGCAUUGCUGGCCAAGAGUGUUGGAAAUAAAGUAACCCUGAUAAGUCAUCCGCAGGUAACUGUGACGGAGCAAACUUUGCAAAGUCCAAAUAAGACCGUUUCUGCAAGUUUAACCACAGCCAACCCCAUAGCAGUUUGUCAGCCUACACCACAACCGACACCGGUCUCCAUGCAAGCAAAUACUUCAUCAUCCGCGUCGUCAUCUGUACAGCAGCCUAUGCAGGUUGUAUAUAAAGCUCCGGAGGGCUUGAGUUUGGUGAGGAACAAUGGCAUGCCAGUUCGGUUUUCGGUGCAGCCAGUCAUUCAUCAGAAAACGGGAGAGAAGGCAAUGCAGCAGGUUAUUAUUCUUCCCACAAAUUUACUCAUUCAAAAGACUGAGGAAAAAAGAGCUCCGCAACCAUCAGGUGUUACUGCUGUUGCCACAACCAAGCCUGCUCCACAUUUGUCCAAUACUUCAGGGUUCACUGUGCCAGAAAACAAGAUUCCAGUCCAACAAGUCUCUCCAUUAAAAAGUAUUAGCACUGUAAUGACUUCAUCUGCUGUUUCACCUAGCUUGAAAAAAUCAGCUGGCGUUUCACCUGCCCGUAAAAAGACUGCUGAACCAAGCUCAACCCUAAAGGGAUCCACUACGCCUACUUCAGCCACUACUGAUCCCAACAAAUGUGACCUUAAUCAAGAGUUAAAGACAGUGUGCAUCAGAGACUCGCAGUCCAUUCUUGUCACAACCAGAGGAGGAAACACAGGAGUGGUGAAGGUACAGACAUCAGACAACAGUGGUGCGAGUGUUUUGCCAUCCAGCCCUGUUUUCACUCUCCCCCCUAAGUUUCAAGCUUUCCUGGUGUCCAAGGCAUCUACUGUAGCAACAUCCACUGCUCAAACGACUACACCUGCCAAGUUAAUGCCUGUUGUCUCCUCUCUAAAUGAUAAAGGAAUUUCUUUUACCCCAGCACCCCAAUCACCUCUAAAAAGUGCCAAUCCAGUGAACCCAUCCCCUCUGAUGGAAAGAUUAAGUGGUACAGUACCCUUUACCAAUGACUUGCCUUUCCCCUUGGGGUCUGUUUCUGGCAACGCAGCAAAAAGUACCCAAAUAUUAAUCGGUAUUAAUUCACUAGUUCCAGCCACCUCACAAACCAAUGCUAGUGUCCCUUCAUCUGAGUGGGCUGUCCAGAGCGCUGCUCCUGAAAAUAUAUUUCAACUUGCUCAAAAGAGACCCCAAGAUACUAGCGCCAAUCCAGAUCAGUCUACCUUCCAGAAAGUUUUUGUAGUCACAUCCACCACAAACGUCUCCGCAUCAGUAUCAAGUAUCACCACUACUUCAGGAUCAAAGAUCAAGUUUACGAGUCAAUCUGGCUCUGCUUGCUCUACGGUUACAGUCGCUAAAGGGUUAAUAACAUCCGAGUCUGGUAUUACUGCUACGACUACUUCAUCAGCAGCUGAAGUCAUGAAGGUUAGACCCAACCUCGGACAAGCCACCGGCAGCACGUCUGCUGGUACUCCGAAUAAAGUCCAGGGCAUCAACAUUACUGGGUUAGCAGCUGGAAUACUGGACAGAACUCCAAUAACCAGCAAAAAACCAGCAGAAACCGCCACGAAAGUUGCACCUAUGAUGCUGUCCAGUGUACUUGCAACUUCAAGUGGGCAAUUUUUUGUCCAGAGCAGCAAUUCUGCUACAAAUAGCUGUUCGUCAGUGACUGUCGGUGGUCCUGUCAAAUUAAGCGAAUCUGUUGAUGGCAAAAGUAGGUUUUCCACGUACGACACUGGGAAUAUGGCCUCCUCUGAACUCCUUUCAGCAGGCCAACAAAAAAGUCUGUCUCACUCUGUGUCAACUGCUAUCCCAAUGUCCAACAUGAUGAAUAAUAGAUCAGAGCUAGUAGUUAGCAGCUCCGCUCCAAAUAUAGGCUGUUCUGUAUUAGGAAGCUCAUUUAACAAAGGUACUACUUUACCAAGGGGAGUGACGCAGGACAAACCGUUGGAUAGUACAUCCCUUAGUAUGGCUUCCACAACUAUCAAACUGCCUAUCAUCAGCCCUAUGACUAGGGUCUCUCAGCCUCUAGCUUUGAGCACCACAACAGCCAGACAUGCAUCGGCCAACCCUUGUACCGGAACCCGAUCAGUAAUGGCUUCUACGGUGAGAACUCCUAUAAACGCCAUCCCUGGUACCACAACGGUUCAGGAAAAAGUUGUGAUUAAUACUACUGCUCCACUUGCUCCUGGAACCCAACUAUUAAUUAACAACACGAGGCUUGUGGUACCUGCUCAAGGACUUGCACCAGGCAGUCACGUUCUUCUUAUCUCAAGUCCUACUGUGCAUCCUACAGCCCGACUGGGGGCAAAUUCUAUAUAUCCUGCCCCAAUGGUGGCAGGUACUUUGACUCCUCCUCCUCCUCUUCCUCCUCCUGCUGCUUCAGUUGUUCAAGGUCUGAGAAUGGUAGCACCUGGUAUAAGGUCACAGGAAACAUCCGCCAGGCAACCAGCACCCAUCAUAGCAAAGACUGAACAGUCCGUUUCUGUUAAUCAUCUUUUAACUGCAGUCAGACCCCCACCAGUCUCCGUUAACUCUUCUACUCUUGCACAAGUGUCUCAAUUAAGUCCUGCCCAAUCAUCUGGGCAACAAGGCUUGACCCAAAUCGUAAGACUUCCUUCCUUUUUACUCCCUGAAAUGAAGGAAUACUCUGCUGCUUCUUCAUGUAUUGUUACCAGCUGCCCAAAAGAAAAUGUUACGGUUUCUUCUCGGUCACGGAGAUGCUUACCGAGCACGACCACUCCAGAACGUUUACAGACAGAACCUGCCAGUGCUGCACCAAAAUUAAAAACGGUCAUAACAGAAGUAAAAACUGUGAUUUCCUGGCCAUCCCCAGUGGUCACCGUGUCACCCAUGAGUAGUACAGUAUCAAGGAUGCAGACACUUCCUGUGGCGACUGUCCCACCAAUUGGCAGUACAAUUAGUAGUAGUCGUCAAACCGCUUGUGUCGCGACAGUAUCUCCGUCUGUUAACACGCUGUUAAUGGCAACUUGUCAACCGGUUAGGCCUGUGCAACCUGGAAAUAUUCGAAUGAACGUCGCUAACCAUCCACCACAGGUUAAAAGCAAGACUCCAACACAAGUUUCAGGUGGGCAAACCAUCUGUACUACCAGUAAACUGUUGUUAAGUCCAGAUGGUGCCAUUUUGAACGUACUUGGAUGCCCAUCUCAACCAAAUCAACCAAUGACGACGGAUAAAACGACAGUGGGUGUAACCACCUCUAAUGCACCUGUUUUGCACACACUAGAUUCAGAGACAAUGGUAACAUCAGAUAAUCCACAAUUACUAAAAAUGUGAUUUAAAAGUAAUCGAAUAAUUAAUUUGAUUACCCCAUUAAACUCUCUCUCUCUGUCAUUCUCAGAUCAAAUGGUUUAAAGUUAUGGAAUAAGCACUAUUUUGUAUAUUGGACUUAUACAACACCUCUGGUGGAAAUGCUGUCAUGAGUUUUUAUCAAAUUUGAUUUAGAGUGGCCAGUAUUGUGUGUGUGUGUGUGUAGUUAAAAAAAAUGUUGUGUUUUCCUGUUCCUUCUCAAGUUCCACUUGAUUUUAGAAGAAUUUGAAUAUUUUGUAGCAUUUUUUAAAAAAAAUUGCCAUUCAUUAAACAAUUCAUGUUUUAUUCUUUGAAAUGCUAUACAAGCCGUGUUUUAGCACGUCUGCCGUAUCUGUUCCUCACACUUGCACUCGGUGUCCACGGUAAAAGAUUGGAUAAUAGAUUUUAUUUGAAGCUGACUUGAUGUUUUCUCUUGCACACGUAGAGACUUUGAAAGAAACGUUGCAAAUUAAAGUGCUACCAUAUGAUAGAUUUAUUUAAUAAAUUACACACCAUGGAGUUUUCAAAAUAGUUUGGAUGACUUGCAUUGGAAAGUGGAAAUAAAUCCAGUGCUUUGUUCCUUAUCACAAAGGAUUGUAUUGUUUAUUCAGCAAUGCGUUCCGAAGCAUGGUUUUUAUAAGAGCUUUAAUGUGGUUCUAACCAGCUGUUUCAAAUAAGAUUGGAAGUCUGCUCAGUUUGGAAUGUGAAUGGAAAAACAGCAUUCAAGGAAAAUAAAAAUGAGGGUGUGUAGUAGGAGAACGCACUGUAAGUAAUAGAAAGCACAUGCAGUGUGAUUGCUGUGAAGCACCAAUGUUAUGUCGCACCCAUGGUGGUUUGCCUGAGGUAAUCUCUGCAGGAUUUCUUGAAUAUCUUCUGUAGGUCGGAGUUAAAUGUUGCAAUGGUUGAACUGAAAUUUGAACAGAUUUGUAGAGAGCCUGAUUCCAUAAAUCAGGAGUCAAUGAGUAUGUAAGAAAAUGUGGGUUGUUUUUUUUUUUUAAUUACAUAACCAUUUCAGAAAAAUUAAUGACACUCUCGGAAAAUAAAGUACAUUAUUGUACCUUUAGGGGUACAGAGGUUUGUCACUCAAGCAGUACUCUCUAAAACAGGGGUUCUCAACCUUUUCUACUUUGAGGCCCAUCUAUUCAAACUUGUAAUGAGUCGGGGGCCCAUUAAAAAAGCUCCCCAAUUAUUUUGGCUCAUCUAUUCUAUUAGAAUCUAAUCUAUUGUAAAGUGUAUGAAUGGAAUGAAAAAUCACUCCCUGUUACAGAUAGAAGCCCAGAAAUUAAAUAAA